UGGAAGCUCCAUCAGCGGAUUCUGUUUUGAUAUGUUGUGGUUGUUUAUGUAGCAGACCCAGUGCAACUAUUAUACUAAUUUGUAAGGGAAAAUGUCGAUUAUAAUCGCACUUGAUUGAUCUUACCCUUACUGGGACAGGGGAAGAACUUGUAGUUAGAAAGUAACCAUGACAGCAGCUGCUGCUCUACAGAUUGGAGACCAGCUGAUCCUGGAAGAGGACUACGAUGAGAACUAUAUCCCCUCUCAACAAGAGAUCCACGAGUACGCACGAGAGAUUGGCAUUGAUCCCAAUCAGGAGCCGGAGCUCCUAUGGCUGGCCAGGGAGGGCAUUGUUGCCCCACUGCCUCCCGAAUGGAAACCCUGUCAGGACGUGUCGGGGGAUGUGUACUACUUCAACUUCUCCUCGGGCCAGUCCACCUGGGACCACCCGUGUGACGAGCAAUACCGCAGCCUGGUAAAACAGGAGCGCGAACGAGCUGGCACCCAGCCCCACGGGCCCCCCACCACCGCCACUAAGAAGGAGAAGAAGAAGAAAAAAGACAAGAAGGAGCCAAAGAAGAAGGCGAAAGACCAAGAGCUCCUGAAGCCACCAGGAUUUGUAAACAAAGGGGAAAGUUCUGUAUUGAAGGAGAGCCAGACAGAAACAUGGAAGGCCACUCUCGGAUUACAGGGACCCUCUGCACCCACCCAGUCCCCUCUCUCCCCCCUGAACGCCCUCUCUAAUACAGCACCCCCCAGCUUGGCUCCACUAUCCCACCUGUCCACCCUCCCUCCUCUCACCUGGGCUGUAUCUCCUCUCUCCCCACUGGGUGGGUCUGUCCGCUGCAGUAAGGCCCUAGCGGACGCCCAAGAGAUCCUUGGCCUUUCUCCUGGCUUCUCCAGAGCUUUCUCUGACCCAGUCCCAGAGACUCAGCCUCCACCUACCUCCUCACACUCUCCCAACACCCCUGGGAGGGGGUUCGAACUGACUUGGGGGCUAGCGCCAUACGAUGAGGAAUGGGACAGGGCAGUGGGGUUUGGCCUAGGGCCCACUGAUGACACACAGAGCCAAGCUGAUGCAGUUAGUCAUGGUAGUAUCGAGGGGGGAGCAGAGGGCUUUGUCACUGAGGAGGUGGUGGAAUGGAGGGAGGCAGCAGAAGAGGGCAGGGAGAGCAGUAGUGAUUUCAGUGACAAGGUGGUCUGUUUGGAAGUGGAGGUAGAGGAAGGAAAGGCUAUUGAACCCCAAUUGCCUUCAUGUGGUCAUUCUACACCUGUGGCAGUGAUGACCGAAACAUAUGAGGGAAGAGAAAGCCAAGCCAAGCAGAAGGGAAAGUUCAUCCCAGGAGUUCACUUACUUGAUGCCAGGGACAGUGAGCAGGGCCUCAUUACCUACCUGGCCCCUCUCUGUCUCUCCCCGGGGCCCAUGUCCCCCUACCUCUCAGCCAAGAGACAGGGGAUGGGAGAGAGCAUGGCUGAUCCCGCAGGGCAGGGCAGUGCAGGGAGUCGGCAGCCGUUGAGCUUGGCCCUUGGGCCUCUGCAGGCCCCAUUGGGGAGCCUGGGGAGCCUUGCUCCUCUACGGGGUCUUGAUGGCACAGCCUUAAGGGGGUCCCUGGGCAGCUCUGGAGGGCUGGAGUCCCUGAAGAGUCCGCUUGGGGGUCCUCUCUCAAGCCUGGGGUCCAGCCUACUGGGAGGGCGACAGGAGGAGCGCGUGUCUUUCUCUCUGCCUGGGUUUGAGGAUGAUGAGGGUAACAUCUCAGAGGAUGAGCAGCUGAGUCCUCUUGGCUCGGCCAGACUGUUACAGAACUUGCACCUGGACUUGGAUGCGUUGGGAGGAGGGCUGCAGUAUGAGGACAGCGAGGCCAGUGGAGUGGCCCCACCAGAGGAGAGGACAGAAGCAGAGCUACGGGACCUGGCCCUGUCUGGGGAGCACAGCCCUGAGCCCCCCCCUCAACAGGACUCCCUUCGUGGACGCCACCUCCCCUCCUGCCCACCAUGCGGAGGCAGCAGGGACUGCAGUAGUGCUGAGGUCUGCCCCCCUACCCCAGACCCCCAGCAUGCUAAAACUAGAGACAGUGGAGAGGAGGAGGAGGAAGAUUAUGAGGAGGGGUGGGGAGAGGACGGAGAUAGUGUGGUUGAGGAGGAAGGAGGUGAAGAGGAGAACCAGGGAGAAGAGGGACAAGCGAGUGAGAAGAAGAAAGGAGAGGAGGAGGAGGAGGGCAAGGACGUUGAGGCUGAGGUCAGUGAGGAGGUAGAGUGUGUAGAAAAGUUGGAGGAGGGAGAGGAGCAAAGUGAUGAGGUCAUAAAGAGGUGUGUAAAAAGUGAGGAAGGGAAGGAAGAGGGGACUGGUGACGUAGUUGAGAAAAGUGUGGAAAAUGUCAAUAAAAAGGAGGAAGAACAAGGAAGUGAUGAAAAGAUGGAGAGACAUCUUGGAGAGCAAGAAGAGAGGGAUGAGGUAGUAGAGAAAUGUGUUAAUGUGUUAAAUGAAGAACUUGAUAAACAGGUAGAGGAAAGAAAUGAGCUGGUUGAGAGCUGUGUUAAAAGUGAGGGAGAACAAAAAGCAGAAGAGAGUGAUGAGGGAGUUGACAGACGCAAUACAAGUGAGGAAGAAGGAGAGGAAAAAGAGGGGGAACAGGAGGAAGAGAGUGAUGAGGUAGUAGAGAGAUAUAAGGGGGAACAGGAGGAAGAGAGUGAUGAGGUAGUAGAGAGAUAUAUGAAAGAGAUGGAAGGAGGCGAUGAAGAGGAAAGUGAGAUAGUGGGGGAGAGAUAUUUGAAAAGCAAGCAUGUGGAAAGGAAGGAAGAGACUGUCAGAGACAGUGUAGAGGAGAAGAAAGAGAAGGGAGAUGAGGAUAGUGAUGAAGUGUUUGAGAGGUGGUUGAAAGAGGAGGAAGGCAAAGAGGAGGCUGAGGAGGGUGAGAGGGAGGUGGUAGAGAGGUGUGUGAAAAGUGAAGAAGAGGUGGACGAGGAGGGUGAGAGUGAGGUGGUAGAGAGGUGUGUGAAAAGUGAGGAAGAUGUGGAAGAGGAGGGUGAGAGUGAGGUGGUAGAGAGCUGUGUGAAAAGUGAGGAAGAGGGUAAAGAGGACAGUGAGAGUGAGGUGUUGGAGAGGUGUGUGAAAAGCGAGGAAGUGGAGGAGGGUAAAGAUGAACCUGAGGAGCUGGAGAGUGAGGAGGCGGUAGAGAGGUGUGUGAAAAGCGAGGAAGUGGAGGAGGGUAAAGAUGAACCUGAGGAGCUGGAGAGUGAGGAGGCGGUACAGAGGUGUGUGAAAAGAGAGGAAGUGGAGGAGGGUAAAGAUGAACCUGAGGAGCUGGAGAGUGAGGAGGCGGUAGAGAGGUGUGUGAAAAGCGAGGAAGUGGAGGAGGGUAAAGAUGAACCUGAGGAGCUGGAGAGUGAGGAGGCGGUAGAGAGGUGUGUGAAAAGCGAGGAAGUGGAGGAGGGUAAAGAUGAACCUGAGGAGCUGGAGAGUGAGGAGGCGGUACAGAGGUGUGUGAAAAGAGAGGAAGUGGAGGAGGGUAAAGAUGAACCUGAGGAGCUGGAGAGUGAGGAGGCGGUAGAGAGGUGUGUGAAAAGCGAGGAAGUGGAGGAGGGUAAAGAUGAACCUGAGGAGCUGGAGAGUGAGGAGGCGGUAGAGAGGUGUGUGAAAAGCGAGGAAGUGGAGGAGGGUAAAGAUGAACCUGAGGAGCUGGAGAGUGAGGAGGCGGUAGAGAGGUGUGUGAAAAGCGAGGAAGUGGAGGAGGGUAAAGAUGCACCUGAGGAGCUGGAGAGUGAGGAGGCAGUAGAGAGGUGUGUGAAAAGCGAGGAAGUGGAGGAAAGUGACAAGGUCUUCGAGAGAUGCUUGCUGAGUGAGAAACGAGCUAGUGAAGGAGUGGAGAGCAGUGAGGAGGAGGUGGAGGGGUGCGUCAAAAGCGAACGAAAGGAAAAGGAAGGAGAUAAACUUGAAGAAGACAGCGAUGAGGUGGUGGAAGAAGUGCAAGCCUCACCGAAACCUAAAACAUCCACAAGCUCAGACGAAGUAAUCGAGAGAUUUGAACCACAAACGGUUCAAGUUCGGUCACUGGGGCUGAAAAAGAAGAUAGCGGACCUUAAACGAAGUGACAACAUGGAGGUGUAUGUGGGGAAGAAGAAGAAUGUGCCCAAACAAAGCCCUCUACCAGCAGAGGUAGGGGUUUGGUGUGCUUUGACCAUGUCGUGGCCCCUGCCCUGUGUGCUCCCCCUCUGCAUGCACCUCCGCCCCUCUCUCAGCCAAAGGAGACACCGAUCCACUCCAGCUGAGCACUGCAGCCCCAUCCUGUCAGCCAGCCCCAAAGGCAGGCCCAUCCUCUUCUCCAGCCCCAAAGGCAGCCCUAUCCUCUCAGACAAACCUCUAGGCAGCCCUGUCCUCUCAGACAAACCUCUAGGCAGCCCCAUCCUCUCAGUCAGCCCCAAAGGCAGCCCUAUCGUCUCAAACAGCCCCCUAUAUAGCCCCCAAGGCACCACCACCCUUUCAGAUGGCAUCCCCACCCUCUCAGACAGCCCCCAAGGCACCCCCACCCUCUCAGACAGCCCCCAAGGCACCCCCACCCUCUCAGACAGCCCCCAAGGCACCCCCACCCUUUCAGACAGCCCCCAAGGCACCCCCACCCUUUCAGACAGCCCCCAAGGCAGCCCUCAGUCCGAGGCCAGCGAGCACAUGGAGGUGGCAUCAUCCUCCACCAAGGACCUCAGGUCUGGUUUUGGCUCCAAGUUGUCAGAGAACGUCCUGGACCUGAAGGAUCUCUCCCCUGCUCUUAGUCCACUCUUGCAGGAAAAAGAGGGCAAAGUGAAAGUCUGUGCGGCAGAGGAGAAGGAACGGAGGAAGAGGGCAGAAGCUGCAGAGAGGCGUCUUCAAGCUGCAGGCAGGGAGGAUCCAGCAAUGGAGGACAGGCACCCCAGCCAGUCCAGUGAAUCCCAACAGGACACAGGGUCCUCCCAUUCUGAGCCGGAGCCCCGGCCGCGGGCCGAGGGGGUCAGCACCAGCGCCAGCCUAGGGGUGCCGGGGGUUCAGGGGGUCAAGCGGCCUGACACCACCAGAGGCCGCCUGGUUAGGAGCCCCCACGCCCACUACAAGGAGGAAGCCCCCAGACAGGGGGAGGGCAGCAGAAGGGCCCAGGAGGAGGAGAGGGACAAGGAGAGGAGGGAGACUGAGAGGGAGAUGGAGGAGGAGAAGGAGCGUGCGCUGCGGGAGAGGCAGGAGAAGGUGCGCCUACUUCAGGAGGAGCUGAGGCGGGAGGAGGAAGAGGAGGAACAGAGGCUGAAGGAGGAGAGCGAGGAGAGGGUCAGGAGCCUGAGGGAGAGGCUCCAGAGUAAGGGGAGGGAAGAGGAGAGCAGGCUGAGUGUGGAGUCUGAAAGCAGGCUACUGGAGCUGAGGGAGAUGGCCCGGAGGGAGAGAGAGAACCAGCAACGCAACGUCAGGGAGGAGGGCGAGGCGAUGCUAAGGCAGCUGUGUGCCACCCUGGAGGCGGAGCGAGAGAGGAUAGAGGCCCAGAGGAGGCGGGACCUAGAGCGACUGAGGGAGGAGUCAGAGGAGGAGCUACAUGCGGAGAAGCGGAGACUGCUUGGGGAGCGGGAGGAGCAACUCGACUCCCUCAAACAGGAGGGGAGAAGCAGUGCCAGUGAGAGGCGGAGGGAGUCGAAGAGCCCUCGUAGCCCAGAGCAGCAUCUAGCAGAGUACCAAAAAGAGUUGGGAGACGUGCUCCAGGAAGUGAGGGAGGAAGUGCAGCGUGACCACGGCAGGAAGCUGGAGCAGCUCAAAGACGACCACCGCAGAGAACUCAACUCAAUCAGAGACAAUCAUCUGGACCAGGUGAGACACAGUUCAAAGGUCACAGCUUCUUGUAACAGGCCUGCUGCUAACUCAUUAUCUAUUUGUGUGUGUGCGUGUGUCUGUGCGUCUGUGUGUGUGCGUCUGUGUCUGUGCGUCUGUGCGUCUGGAUGUGUGUGUGUGUUUGUCCUCCAGGAGGCUGUCCAAAGGGAGCAGUUGCUGUGUGCCCUGCAGGAGGAGAGAGAUCGCCUGCUGGCCACCCACAGCGCCCAGCUGGAGAGACUCCGUACACAGCUAGACUCCCAGCUCUCCAAGACCCGCCAGACACACACGCGCAAGGAGGUAGAGAUUCAGGAGCUGGGGGACAAGCUGGAGCUGAGGGCCAGAGAACUGAAGACCCAGGAGGCAAUACUGAAGACCCAGGCAGCGAAUUUGAAGAAGAGGCGGCAGCAGCUUGGGGAGGAAGAGGAUGAGAUAGACAGAGGAAUAGAGGCUCUGCCUGGAGUCAUGCAGGAGAGAGAUGGACUGCGAGAGGAUCUGGAGAGGGUGGAAGGACAGAGGGACAGGGCGAGGCAGGAGGCGGAGAGAACGAGGGAGGAGAGGACCAAAGUGAGAGACGAGUUGGAGAGAAUUAGGGAGGAGAGGGACAAAGCGAAGGAGGAGAGCAGGAGGAUGAAGGAGGAGCGGGACCGGCUGGAGAGCAAGGUGGAGCUGCUGCAGGAGCGCUGUGAUCGGCUGUGCCGCAGAGUCAGUGAUCUGGAGCAGAGUGAGAUCAAGAGGCCUACUACUAGACUGGACAGAACAAAAGAGGAGAGGAAGGAGGAGAAGAAUAGCGAGGCACCGCCCUCUACUGCUGGACGGGAGAAAGUGCUGCAUGUGGAAGAUCUGAAAGAACCUCCUGUCUUAGACGACUUGCGUCAGUAUAUCUCCUCUGAGGGGCUGUCCCUGCAGAAAGCCCGGCGCUUCCUGGAGAGGGAGAGUGGUCGUCUGAGUGAGAGACAGGCAGUGCUGCAGGCAGCUCAGGCCCAGUCCAGCUCCUCUCAGUACCCCAACACCACCAGCCACGCCCAGGCCACACAGGAGAUGUACAGGAACCUGCAGCAGGAGGCCAGUGACGUGGAGGAGUUGAGGGUGACUGUGCAGAGGGGGAACUCGCUGCUACGCAGGAAGGAGGAGCGACUGCAACAGCUAGAGAGCUCCGUAGCUGAAGAGGUCUCCCCUCAUCACUACUAUGAUGACCAGGACAGACUGGCGACUGAUAGGAAGGUGGCCUUCGAUGUGACUGAAUCAGAUAUGAGCAGCGUCAGCAAUGGCCUGGAUGGCCCCGGUGAGGAGCCCACAGUGCCAGCUAAGGUGCAGCACUUAGCCGAGUCGCUCCAGCACAUCUCUGGCCAGCUCAGCACAGUCCUGGGGGCCCUGGGCUCCCUGACCCAACGCCAGACCCCUUACCAGCCUCUCCCCCUACCCCUGCCCCUCUCCCAGCCACGAACCCCCACCUCAAUGCCUCUUUCACAGCUCUCCAUGCCUCUGUCUGGGCCCUCCUGGGCGUGGGCUCCUCACAGCACCUCCAUCCAGCCACGGGGUUCUGAGGACCUGCUCAACAGCCGCUGGGCCAAGCUCUUCCCUGGGGCUCCUAUUGAGUCCAUAGCCACCAGUUCCUUGAGGACACAUGCGCUUUAUUCAGGGUACAGUCCUGCAAGUGAGCAGGCUCGUAAUCUGUCCUCCAUGCAGCCUAAGGCAGUGGAGAUGGAUGGCCAGAGGCUACAGGGUCUGAUCGACGGCAACAAGAGAUGGCUGGAGACACGCAGGAAAGAUCCCAGUGUACCUCUGUUCACGCGUUAUCGGACCCCCCCAACUAUGAGUGGACUGGUCCAGCUGAGCCUGGAUGACAACAACCAGAUUAAAGUGUACCAUUACUAAAGGGGGGUGGGUGAAGUUACAUACGGCGCAAGGAUCAACACAAGCAGAUAUAGAUGUACUGUUACUGAAAAAGGGCUAAGGACAGGGGUGGGUUUUUAAAAUGAACUUUGAGUAAUGCAGGGAUCCCUCUAGCUCUGGUCCAGGGAGUUAUUAGAGGAACCCCCUUGACUAUGUGUGAACCAAAGGAACACCCUGGACCAGAGCUAGGAUUCCUCUACAACCAGAUUUACAUAUCAGACUACUGUAAGAAAUAUUUUUAAGACGUCUGUCCUCUGGUGAACUCCGCUUUAGCUGUGAUUGUGUUACAGAAGAGUGAGCGGACACGGGACUGUUUCAGUGGACUCUGUCAUUUUAUUCCAUUGGCAUGCAAGGGUGAAUAGCUUGGGAGUAUGGAGACAAUAGUCCCGUAGUCAACAAAUCAGUUUGUUUCCCAAUUUUUUGGCCUCUAGCUAUUUAAAUGUUUCAAAAGCAGAUUGCAUAGUUGUUACAUAUACAGUAGGUGCUUCACUUUAUUAGGAGAGACAUCUUGAGGUUGGAGUGAGAUACUGUUGAUAGCUGACAUAAGCCUCAUAACUGAUGUGAUAAGUGACUAAAGAUCAUUGUCAUGGUAUCAGGUUGUAUAAGAGACAUAUCACUCAUUCCGCUGUAUGAGAAGUUCAAGCCAUACCAUAACCACUACAAGAGCAAGACAAUGACUUGAGGGAUUCACAGUCUAUGAAAUUCUGGUAAGAGGGACUCUUCCAGUGUGUUUUACUGUGCAGCUAGACGUGUAAUGUUUACCAUAUUUUUUUAUAAGAAACAUUUUAAUAAAAUGUAAAGUGGUGUAUAUUCAUAAUGCCAAUGUCAAACAUUCAUUAAAAAGUAAUCACCAGGGUUGUGUUCAUUGGGACACCCAACAGAAUGUGUUGUGACUUUUUGCAACUAAAAUUUCUUGGACAAGUUCAGGUUGUCAGUUACCUUCCGUUUCGGUGCCUAAUGAACACAACCCAGUUCUGGAUUUCCUCUUCA